AUGGAAAACUCGACUAGAAUUCAUAAAAAAAAUUCAAAAAGGAAUUCCUCCUCAGGUCCAGGCACUUGGUCACCGCCGGCUCCCAACUCAAACGGUCAGGAGGCCAGUGAUAACAGUAAAUGCAACUGCAGGUAUAUUCAAGGCAAGGAAGAGCCAAGCAAAGCGUGUGAUGUUGAUUCCUUAUGCGUCAAUAGGGUACAAUACAUUGAAUGUACACCAAAGAUAUGUUCUAGUGGCUCAAGUUGUCAAAAUAGAAGUUUUCAAUGCCAAAAGAACGCAUCCUUCGAUAUAUUCAGGUCGUCUAAAAAAUACUUUGGUUUGAGGGCACUUGCGUCAAUAAAAAAGUGGGUCUUAUUUCACGAAUCUACGGCAUCAAAAGGAGGUGAAUUUGUUGCUGAAUUCAAAGACAUUCCGUUGGAAAAGGAUAAGCUGGACUUUGACUUGGAUGGUUACAUUACCGAGGGACUGUGGCGCACUUACUUUCCACCAUCCGAGGUGAAUGAUACUUCAAAGAAAGGACGCCUUGUACGUUUUAUUGGCCAUUCACGCGACGCAAAUUGUCACCUUGAGAUUUGGUUUGUAAACAAUCAAACUAGAAGGGGAAUAUUUGCAAACCGAGAGAUCUCGUCAGGGGAAGAACUCACAAUGGAUUACUCUGUCCGCCCCAUAGGUUAUGGAGUAGUAGUACCUUCAUCACAAGUUCAAAGUGCAUCACCGCCUAUUCAUGUCACCGCCGGCUCCCAACUCAAACG